AUGCCUCCCAGGAAGAAACAGAAAACUGUUGCCGUCGAGGACUCCCCUCCGGUAUCCUUCCCUUCCAGACCAGUCACUCGUCCCUCUCAAACCACCACGGGGAUAUUUACUCUUCCUCUUGAACUUCUCUGGCUCAUCUCCACCCACUUCGGACUCUGUAUCGAAGUGCCACAUGGCAUCCUCCGUGGAGAUGGAGACCCUGUGCUUGGUGCGGAAUUCCGGAGCCGUACAACAUCCCUGCGAGCGAUGGCAUAUACCUGCGACCAAUUGCGUCAAGUUUAUCGUCCAUUGUUAUGGCAGUCGUGGAAUAUCUGCGUCGAACCUGUGCACCGUGCAGCCUUCUACAAGUCGCUCGGGGACCAUUUGCGAAAGGCCAGCUUGGCUUUGGCGCGUGAGGCGGAGACAAGGGCGUUGAUCAGAACCAUCAACGUUGUCCUUACUAGAUACUCGUCUGCUGAAGUUAUUCCCCCCUUUGCGCGAUGCAUGGCUCAAAUGCCCAACCUCCACACCCUCCAAAUCAUCCAUGCACACACCCAAAUGACGACCCAUCUCAAGAACGGCUUCGCAAACAUCACUCUGUCAAACAUUCAGCGUAUCGUUCUUCCCGACCAUGCUCAUGAGAUCCUUCGGUGCUGUCCUGAGGUCCGCCAUGUCAUUUGCAUGUCAAGCGACGGCAGCAAGCUCGUCUCCGCCAUCGGCAAGUGUUGCAAACAGGUCGAAAUCAUAGAAGGAUUCAGACUAGGUGAAGGCAACUUGUUGAAACGACUCGUGAAAGCAGCUCCCAAUGUCACUGAAAUUCGCCUCAAGUCAUUCUAUGGAGACCAUGAUACUGUCACUUCACUUUCCUCUUUCAAGAAAUUGCAAACACUGGAAUUUUCACACCAGAUUACCCUAGAUGAACUCGCCGCUGGUGCUGCACUCCAAGUCCCAGCUGAACUCGUAAAAUCCAUCGACGCUGCCAAAGUACUCUUGCGAAACCAAACCACAACCGACAAGCGUCUGCGUGUUCGAUUCACCCAUGAUAUACCCCGAAAUUGGCAUGGCGCUGCGGCCCGGCGGAAGAAUUGGGAGGAGAUAUCGGAGACGCCGUUUCCUGUGAAGGAGAUCCCUCUUUAA